AUGAGAGAAAACUGUCAGGUGUCACAAAACCUGAUACCAGAAGUAGUUAAAUUUGCUAUCUAUCUAUCUAUCUAUCUAUCUAUCUAUCUAUCUAUCUAUCUAUCUAUCUAUCUAUCUAUCUAUCUAUCUCAAUCUCUUCAAAUGUAUGCACCUAUCUAUCUAUCAUCUAAAUCUAUCUAUCUAUCUAUCUAUCUAUCUAUCUAUCUAUCUAUCUCAAUCUCUUCAAAUUCACUUCAAAUUUAUCUAUCUAUCUAUCUAUCUAUCUAUCUAUCUAUCUAUCUAUCUCAAUCUCUUCAAAUUCACUUCAAAUUUAUCUAUCUAUCUAUCUAUCUAUCUAUCUAUCUAUCUAUCUAUCUCAAUCUCUUCAAAUGUAUGCACUUAUGUAAGUAUCUAUGUAUGAACGUAUCUAUCUAUCUAUCUAUCUACCUAUCUAUCUAUCUAUCUCAGUCUCUAUGCAUAUCAUCUAUCUAUCUAUCUAUCUAUCUAUUUAUCUAUCUAUCUAUCUAUCUAUCUAUCUAUUUCAGUCUCUUCUUAUGUAUUUAUUUAUGUAUGCAUACAUCAAUAUCUAUCUAUCUAUCUAUCUAUCUAUCUAUCUAUCUAUCUAUCUAUCUAUCUAUUUCAGUCUCUUCUUAUGUAUUUAUUUAUGUAUGCAUAUACAUCUAUCAUUAUCUAUCUAUCUAUCUAUCUAUCUAUCUAUCUAUCUAUCUAUCUAUCUCAGUCUCUUUAUGUAUGUAUGUAUGUAUGUAUGUAUGUAUCUAUUUAUCUAUCUAUCUAUCUUUCCGUCUCUUAUUCUCUUUUAAUUAUGUAUGUAUGUAUCUAUCAUCUAUCUCAUCUAUUCAUCUAUCUAUCUAUCUAUCUAUCUAUCUAUGUCUCUUUUCUCUCUUAUGUAUAUCAAAUUUUCUCAUUUCUAUCUAUCUAUCUAUCUAUCUAUCUAUCUAUCUAUCUAUCUAUCUAUCUAUCUAUCUAUCUAUCUAUUUAGUCUCUUCUUAUGUAUUUAUUUAUGUAUCAUACAUAUAUCUAUCUAUCUAUCUAUCUAUCUAUCUAUCUAUCUAUUAUCUAUCUCAGUCUUUUUUAUUCUCUUUAUGCAUGUAUUAUCUAUUCAUCUAUCUAUCUAUCUAUCUAUCUAUAUCUAUCUAUCUUUAUCUCUUAUCUAUUUAUAUCAAAUUUUCUCAUUUCUAUCUAUCUAUCUAUCUAUCUAUCUAUCUAUCUAUCUAUCUCAUUCUGUUCAUAUCUAUCUAUCUAUCUAUCUGUAAAUAUCCAAGCCUAGAACUUUUUGUUAUUUCUAUCUAUCUAUCUAUCUAUCUAUCUAUCUAUCUAUCUAUCUAUCUAUCUAUCUGUGUGUGUGUGUGA